AUGUACACUAUUGAUGGUUACAGGUUAUUUAGAAAUGACAUUCCUAAUUAUUCUGGCCCUACACGUCCAUAUGGUGGAACAGCUGUUUAUAGCCGAAUCCCAUUAGCAGAUGGGUAUCCCUGUGCUCAAAAUAUAAAUGGGAUUGAAUUAACGGUUAUUAAAACACAGGAUCAUCCAGAUCUAACUGUAUUUGGAUUGUAUCGCUCUCCAAGCAUUGCUUUAUCACGUCUAUUGGCUGCACUUCGUACUAUUCAUGACGAAAAUCUGUCUGCGCAAAUUAUAGUCAUUGGAGACUUUAAUGUAAAUUGGAUGGUGGAAUCCGAGCGGCAGUCACUGUAUAACUUCAUGGUCUUAGAAAAUAGCUACAGACAAAUGAUAUCAAGUUUUACGACUGAUAAUCGAACAUUAAUUGAUUAUAUAUAUACAAAUUUGAUCGAGAACGAAAUUCAUACUGGUGUUUUAGAGGCAUACUUUAGUGAUCAUAAAGCAAUAUGGGCUUCUCUUAAGGUGUAG